AUGUCCGUCGAGCUCCAGCUCGAUCACGUUGUGCUCCUUGUACCAUACCAGGACGUCGUGAAUUCACCGUCGUGGGUUACAGACCACUUGACAGUCAGUCCUGGAGGCGUUCACGCAGACGGCAAGACUGAGAACAAGCUCGUUCUGUUUGCGGAUGGCACUUAUCUGGAGUUGAUCGCCUUCAUCAACGAUGAUGCUGAGAAAAGGCGUGGUCACUGGUGGGAUAAGCCAUAUGGUGUAAUCGACUACGCCUUGACCACGACCAGUGACCACUCUUUCGGAGCAUUGAAAUCCAUCAAGGAUCGAUUGUCUCAGACGGACAGCGGCAUAUCGUACACCAAUCCCCAAGAUGGAGGUCGACGAAAGCCUGAUGGCACUGAGUUGAAGUGGCGGGUGACCUUCCCAACCGGCACUUCAAGAGGCAAUGCACCCUUUUUCUGUCACGACGUUACUCCGCGCGACAGAAGGGUGCCAGAAAAGCGAGUUGGCCGAAUGGGGGUAGUUGUUCUCUCUAUCUACGACCUUAGCCGAAAUCUAUGUACCUCUAUCCUACAAACGCCCAAAGCCCCUAUACUAACCCGCAAGAAGAGUUAG